AGUUUGCAGCUGUGUGGAGCUUGAGCUGUCGAGAGAGCUACAGCUUCAGAGAUCGAGGUAGCAGGCAGUGUGUGUCCUCAGUCAUGAAGGGUCGCGAUGGAAGACGAAGUUAUGAUUAGAGCAAAGCUCUUCCACAACAGAGUUCGUGAGUGUAUUAUCUGUGCACUACUGUUCACUGCUUUGUAUGUUCUCUCCUAUCUCGUUAUCACUCGAUUUAAGAAGAAUGCAGACUUUGCAGCAGACAAUAAUGAAGAUGCAACAGUAAAUCGAAUCACAUUAUGGAUGUGCACAUUCACCCUCGCAGUAUCUGCUGGGGCGGUCUUCCUCCUUCCAUUUUCAAUUAUUAGCAAUGAGGUCCUGCUUUCAUUGCCAGAAAACUAUUACAUGCAGUGGUUGAAUGGUUCACUUAUUCAUGGCCUAUGGAAUCUUGUUUUUCUCUUCUCCAACAUCUCUCUGGUGUUCCUGAUGCCUUUUGCGUACUUCUUCACUGAAUCAGAGGGAUUUGCUGGCUCAAAAAAGGGAAUAAUGGCUCGAGUUUAUGAAACAUUUGUUGUCCUCUUCCUUCUGACCCUUCUAGUUCUGGGGAUUGUGUGGGUUGCAUCUGCAAUUAUCAAUAAUGAUGCAGCUAGCAGAGAAUCUCUGUAUGAUCUGUGGGACUAUUACCUUCCAUACCUCUACUCCUGUAUUUCUCUAUUUGGAGUUCUGCUUCUCCUCUUGUGCACUCCUUUUGGCUUGUCCCGCAUGUUCACUGUCACCGGCCAGCUACUUGUAAAACCCAGGCUCUUGGAGGAUCUGGAUGAACAACUCAAUUGUACACGAUUUGAGGAGGCUGCUGUGCUGCAUAAGCUAAAUGGCAAGAUGUCACCUUGCUGGGUGUUUUUCAGUGUGGAGUCUCUUAAGUAUCACUUCCUGAGUAUCCAUGCUAGGAGGAUUAAGUUGGAAAUAAGGAGAAGAGCAUCACCUUGGCAAAGAAACCUGGGAUAUCCAUUAGUCAUGUUGCUGCUUCUGGCAUUAACAGGUAUCUCAGUGCUGUUGGUGGGAUACCAUGUUCUUGAAUUACUAAUUGAUGAAACAGCCAUGCCUAAAGGAAUGCAGGAUCCUCCUCUGGGGAAAGACUCUCUCUCUAUGUUUGGUUCACUUGGAGCAGCUGUGGAAGUUGUUCUCAUUUUUUACUUAAUGGUGUCAUCAGUUGUUGGAUUUUACAGUUCCCCAUUUUUCAUCAAACUUGCCCCUAAGAAGCAGGACACCACCAUGACUAAGAUAAUCGGGAACUGUGUGUCACUGCUUGUUCUGAGCUCAGCCCUGCCAGUAUUCUCCCGGACUCUUGGAAUCACAAACUUUGACUUGUUGGGGAACUUUGGCAGUUUUAACUGGCUUGGAAAUUUUUACAUCAUCUUCCUCUACAACAUGCUUUUUGCUGGCCUCACUGCAAUGUGUCUGGUCAAAAAAUUCACCAGGGCUAUGCAAGCGGAACUUCUCCAUGCAUUUGGCUUGGACAGAUUGCCUCUUCCGGUAACCAGAUCCCGCACCUCUGCCAAGAUGGGUCCAGCAAGUAGUAAAGGAUUUGUGUAACAUUAUUGGGUGGUCAUGUUUGAUGGACCAGCCACAAAAGGGACUGAAUAAUGUCAACACUACACUGUGAAUGCUGCUAUCAGUUGUUGGGUUUCGAAGUUCCAAGGCCUUCUCGUGAUUCCAGGUUCAAGGAACAUGAACUUUUAAAUUCAGGAUUGGACAGUUCCUUUCAGCAAAUCCCUGGAUUCCUGGGGAUGCCUCAAAUUUCUCUCUCCCACCUCGAGAAACCAAACUUUGUUUACAUCAGUCAAAGCUGGAAUUACCAUAAUGAGUGAGACCUCAUUAUCUGUUAUGCAACUACUAUGAAAUGGAAUUAAUCCAAAAAGGCAGAUAUUUCAAACAGUUCAAUGUUUACAUUACAUAUUCUGUGCAAUAUGUUUCUUAAAAGUGUGGUUUUAGUCUGUUUUUAUUUAAAGUAUUUUCCAUCUUUGGAUGUUGCCAGUGUCUUUUCUAAUUUACUGUUCAUUGAUUGGUGUUCCUUCUGAUUUUUUUUUUACUUUAAACUGUUUAAGUAGUACCUGUCAAAAUGGCUACAUUCUGAAGCAUUUCCAUGUCUGCCAGUAUUAGUGGAAACUGGGGUUAGGAGUGCUGAAAGCUGUUCAGAAUAAAGCUGAAGUGUGCAUUUUCUGUAUGGAAACACAUGUUUUUAUGAAGUGACUAAGUUUGAAGAGUUUUGACCGUCUUAAUUAUUGCAAGAUGCUGUUUGGGAAAGUCCUCUCGGAUAUUUCUCUAGAUCAUGCUCCUUCCAGAAUCAUUUAAUAGAAGCAGUGACAAGUACUGCUGACUGAGCAUGCCCAGGUUUAACCAU